CAAAAUUCCGAGGACCAACCUGAUGCGUUAUAUUGCAGCAUUUGAUGGUGCGAGCAUCGACGUUACUACUGCCAAUGCCGAUGUAAUGAAGAAUUUGCUGGCUGAAAGCACGACGAUGGGCACAAAAACAUGCCUCGAUGUUAUGUUAACGCCGAAAACCAUCAAAUCCGGCUUCCGAACAACUGGCAUCUACCCGUUCAACCCGCAAAUUUUCACUGAAGUUGACUUUGUCGCUUCGGAACUGAGCGGCGAAAAUUUGUUCGGUGACGAAGAGAAAGACGCCGACAAUCAACGUCGAGUUCUUGCCUCUGGUGAUGCCAUUGUGACUGCUGCGAAUGAGGAGGUGUCAACGUCGGAGGCAUCGACAAGUGCCCCAGCUUGAACAAGUGGUGCUGCAUCAUCGUCGUUGUCUCUUGUUUCGGCUCCACAGCCCCGUGAUGCAUUGAAAUCGGUUGGCCCGUUGAAAUUGGGCACACCUGCGCCGAAAUCAAAACGUGGCCGCAAGACAAUGGAGUCAACGAUUUUGACAUCGCCUGAGGUUGUCGCAGAUCUGCGUGACAAGGCCGAAAAAAGCGGCAAAAAUUGACGAAGGCAGCCGAUGAACCAGCAGCCAAGAAGCAAAAAGGCCGUGGCAAAUCGAAGACGCCACGGAAGAGAAGCCCGUCUCCGACCGAAACCGACAUCGAAGAGGACUUCGAUUUUUGCACGAUUUGCAAGAAAAAGAUGCCGAAGCACGAGAAUCGUCAAAACACGGCCCAUUGCAUCGUU